AUGGAACAAUCGUCAGAUCAAGAAAUCUCUUCUCCUUCAAAACUAGAAAUUCAUGUAUCCAAGAAAUCUCGAUUUCUUCUUUGGAUUUGGUUUUUAAUGACAAUCUCCAUUUUUAUUAUAAUUAUAUUUUUCAUUAUAUUCAUUCGUAUUCAAUCAGUAUUCUUUGUCCUUGAUGACAAACCUAAUAUUGAAACCACGAUCAUCUCACAAAGAUCUACAAGAGCAACUCGAGUGAAAUUAAUGUCUACAGAAAUGAUAACAUCAAAGCCAAGUAAUAUUUCUCGCGUCAUUCCCUGUAAUCCAUUAAAAUUUUCAAAAUAUUCAUCAUAUUCAACUGGAAGAACUCCUUGGUCACUUAGUAGUGGUCAUUUAGAUGAAGACCCAUAUCUUGAUAUUGUUGUUGUUUUUCGAAGUAUUGCUACAUUUCGAUUAUAUUAUGGUAUCGGAAAUGGAACAUUUCAACCAGAAAAAGAAUAUGGCAAUUAUCCAUAUCCAGUUUAUGUUGCUGUUAAAGAUAUAAAUCAUGAUAAUAAAUCCGAUAUAAUAAUACCUUUUCUUGGUAUAGAAACAAUUGGAAUUUUCAUUAAUAGGGGAAGUCGCAGUUUUAGUUCAAUAGAAAAACAUUACACUGGAUAUUAUCAGAUCGACUAUUAUCCAUACUGGAUCGAUAUAUCAGAUUUUAAUCAUAAUUCACUAUUAGAUGCUGUUGUUGUUAAUGGUCAUGAUGCUUCUGUAACUAUUUUCUACGAUUAUUCUAAUUCAAAUUUUACCUAUACAAAAAUAUAUCCAACUGGACAUGAUUGUAUAGCUGUGUCAAUUGCAGAUUUUGAUAAUGAUACUUAUAAAGAUUUUGCUGUUACUGAUUAUAGUGAUAAUACAAUAAGUGUUUACAUAAAUGAUAAAAAUGGAUUUUUUAAACGGCGAAAAAAAUAUCAAGCUGGAGUCGCACCAUGGGGAAUGACAACUGCUGAUUUAAAUAAUGAUCAAUUCGCCGAUAUUAUUGUUGCUAAUCAUGGUUCAUCCAUAGUUAGUGUUUUGUUUAAUGAUGGACAAGGACAUUUUUAUAAACGCGAUACGUAUUAUAUUGGCGGUAGGCCAAUGCCAGUUGCAGUAGCUGAUUUAAAUAAUGAUUCAUUUAUGGAUAUUAUUGCUUCGAAUUAUAAGGAUAAUUUCAUUUAUAUCUUUUUGAAUAAUCAAGAUGGAACAUUUCUCCCUUAUCAAACAUUUCAAACUGAUCCUGAAAUCCUUGCAAUAAUAACAGGAGAUUUUAAUCUUGAUGGCAAAAUAGAUAUUGCUGUUACUUCUGAAGGAAAAGAUACUUUAAAUAUUCUUUUAAAUUUAUGUUAA